AUGGCUGAACAGACAGAUACAUUUAAUAUUCUGAAUAUAGACGAGUGGAGUUCGAAAGAAACAGGUGUGAUAUCGUAUAUAAAAACUCCUAUUCAAAAUUUAGUUUUUACCAAUAAUUCUGAUGAAAUUGGUAAAACGCUUCGGCAUGCUAUAAUUUAUUUUGCUGAAACAUUAAGUGAAACUGAUCGAUCAUCGUGUAUACUGGGCGAUGAAUUUCGUUCAACAAGAACACACCGAUAUAAAUUACCUCGUUCUUCCGAUGGCAAAACUUUGGAAACAGUUACAACAAUGGAAGUUACAACUUUUGCACCUAUUGCAUUUGAAUAUAUGCGUUCAAUGAUUGGAAUUACACCAAAAGAUUUUCAUUCAUCCUUUUCUAAUGACAAAUUCCUGAAUUUUGCUAAUACCGGUAGGUCAGGUUCACAAAUGUACAAAACAUACGAUGAUGUUUAUAUUAUAAAAACUUUACGCGAUCAUGAAGCAAAGUAUUUGAUGCGAAUUCUAUCUGGACUUUGUAUGCGUUAUACUCAUACAUCUUCAUUAAUGACACGAUACGUUGGUUUAUAUUCAGUGAAUAUACAUUCAACACUUUCAUCAGAAAUCUAUUGUGUUGUUAUGUUGAAUAAUUUACCAUCGGCUCUCAAUGUUCAUGAAAUAUAUGACCUCAAAGGAUCAAGUGUCGGUCGAUAUUCAAGUAUCAAUCUACCAUCCAAACGUUUAAAAGCAUUAAAAGAUCUCGAUUUUGAAUCAUUUUACCCAGAUGGUAUUUAUAUUCCACAUAAUAUCUAUCGAAAAUUAAGAUUAACACUUGAAUCUGAUAUAUAUGAAUUAAGAAAACUGAUGAUCACUGACUUCAGUCUUAUGUUAGGUAUUCAUCAAUUAGAUGAAUAUACUGAAGAUAAAGAACCCACUAGAAAAAUCUCAAAGCCAAAACCACAAUUAGGAAUAAGUGCACUUUUUGCAGCAAUAAGUAUCGAUCGAAACGAUAUUAAAUCUUCUGAUCAUGAUGAAACAAAUAAAACACUAAAAUGUACAAAUGCAAAGUCAAUCGAAAAAUUCAUUAUGAAACCGUUACAUCUUAUUGCUUGUGCGCAUGAAGAUACAUUCAAUGACAAGGAAAUAGCUGGCUCAGUAUUAGGUAUUCCUGGUGUAACACAUGAUGGUCGACGUGUACUUCUUUAUCCAGCGUUAAUUGACUGUUUACAAACAUAUGAUAAUUUUAAACAUAUGCAACAUACAAUGCAAAAUCUUCGUGAUCCGAAACGAGGUUCUGAAUAUAGUGUUAUUCAUCCGGAUGCGUAUGAAAAGCGUCUUAUUAGAUUUUUAUUUGAUAAAGUUUUUAUUGAUUCUAAAUAA